AUGGAAGAAGAGGCGGAACAGACCCGCAAAGCCACUGAAGCUCUGGAUCGAGCUACCGAGCGCAGAACUCAAUUGGUGAAUAAGAUCGAAACGACGAUAAAGAGCUAUGGGGACAAUGAAGCCCAGAGGCGAAGGAGGAGAGGCUCCAGAAAAUACUCCGACCUCGACGAGAUGAUGCUCGUCGAGGCUGCCGAAAUCUCACUCGAAAAGAUAGACAACCGACCUUCCGACAGGCUAUCCUUCGUCGGAGCACGCAUCCUGUCUAACGGUGUCCUACUACUCGAAGCUAACAACAAGGAGCUGAAUUCCUGGCUAAAGGAGACGGACGAACACCACACACUAUUCAUCAAUGGAUUCGCUGAUGGGUUCUCUACCAUCAAGGGAUCAACCAGCCCUCAUAGGGGCAUGGUGGGCGGUGCAAAUACUGCAAUGGAGCAGUCGGAUAGUGGGUGGCGAGGGAGAGAGAAUGCAGAGGCGAAGAAAGAAAAAAGACAAGAGAUGGGUUCGAAAGCAGGGGGAGACGGAGGACGGCGGCGGGAGAGUAUGAUGGGAACGGCAAACGAAGAAGACGGGAAGUGGGCGGAGGGCAGGCAGUACGACGAGAACGGCCAUCAAGCCAGCACCGAAGAAGGACACGCUCGACAAUUGGAUCGAGGAGUGGCAACCUUUGAGUACAGCCAACAAGCCCUAAUCGAAGGGAUCGCCCGUCGAUGGUGUAGUUUUGAGUCGCGUUCGAUGACGACUGUCUCGGGGGGUAGCGCGAUAGAAGUUUAUGGAGCGUGCAAUAAUGACGGUGCUGUCGGUCGGGAUCAUUGGGGGAAGACCGUGGCAGCUGGUGAUGGGGGAGUUGUGGUGGAAGCAGAGGCUUCGGAGAAGAGGGUGCUCUGA